AUGGUCUAUCCUCCCCCACCACCACCACCACCACCACCACCACAUGCCGCUAUGCGGGAGUCUCGAAAACACGAGGUGUCUUCGGAGUCUCUCUGGUGGCCUGCGACGGCCGGAUUCCUGCAGGCUUUAGCUUCAUUAUGGGUCGGUUCUGAUGGGUUCUCGGGAGUUGUCGCGCCCGUGGCCGAUGUUGCGGUUGACCAUAAGUGCCCGGGUGGAGUCUCGGCGAGUCAGGCUCGAGUUGUCAACUCAAGCCAGCUGCAAAAGGCGACGCCUUGGCCUCGGGAGUUCGCGGACCGUCGAGGUCUGGCUGUUGAAGAGUCGGUGAGGUGGCGGUACAACUGGGGCAUGUCUUUCUCUGUCGUUGUCCAUGAGGAUCGCAAAGUUUGA